AUGCAGAAGUAAUCGUGAAGCGUCACUAAAUCCUUUCAAAGAAGAAGAAAAUAGCGGAAGCGCGGUCUUCCGGUGUCCUUGUACGACGACUGUUGAAGUGGAGAGAUGUACCGACACAUUCAAGCUCUCCAGCAGGUGUCGCGGCGGACGCUGAGCAGCAGCGCGCGCAGGCAGGUGGAGAACAAGGUCCCACAUAAACAGAAGCAUUUCCAGGAGGACAAUGGGAUUCCAAUUCAUUUGAAAGGGGGCGUCAGCGAUGCUAUCCUGUACAGAACAACAAUGGCACUCACUAUUCUAGGAUCUGCAUAUGUCAUAUAUGAACUGGUUUGUGCAGCUUUCCCCAAGAAGAAGGACUGACUCACCUGUUCUACAUGACACCUUGUUAGUUGUAAAAUGUUGUCUCUGUCAUCAGGGGGUUGAUUUGUCAUGUCAUAAUAGCUUUUGUUUCAUGUUCAUGGGAUCAUUAUUUAUUUAUUAUAACUGAGGAUGAUUAAAUAUGCCUCUCAUUA